AUGGACCGCUUGGAGAGAGCGCAGAACCAAGCUCUUUGUCGCAUCACCGGUCAGACCGCCUCCUCUCCUGUGGAAGCCCUCCGCAUCGAAGCGGGCCUGUCCAGCUGUGAGACAGUCUCCCGGCAGCUGAUAGCCACCUCCAGGGAGAAAGCGCUUAGAUGUUCUCCGAGCCACCCUAGACGCCUCGCUCUCGAAGGCGAACAGAGACACAGGCUCUGCCGCGACAGCUGGCGCGAGAGCAGCAAGAGGUUAGAGGCCUCACUCCCAGAAGGACUAGCCCCCAGAGAACCGCUUACUGGCCCUACUGAGCACCUGUGGACCGCCAACCCGAGGAGUGGCCCGACCGGCGCCAUCCGAGUCAUCCGUGAGAGUGAGGCCAAGUGGGUGAUCUACACAGACGGAUCAGCCUCUGAAAGUACCCACUUUGGCGGGUCUGCGAUGGUUGUGACCCAAGGCGACCCGGAGAAUCCGGUCACGAUUGACAACAUGAAAACCAAAGGAAGGAUCCUCACAUCUUCCUAUGAAGAAGAGAAAGAGGCCAUGGAUAGCGCAAUCAAGUGGCUGGAAAAGAACACCGUUGAAGAACACGACAAGGUACUGAUCUGCACCGACUCCCAGUCUCUGACCGCCGCUCUGGACAAUGAAAGCCCUGAUAAUGCCUCCUUGUGCCGUCGGCUGGAUGCGAUGGACCGCCACAUCGACAUCCAAUGGGUCCCGGGCCACAUGGACAUUCCCGGGAACGAACUCGCCGACAAAUUUGCCAACGAAGCCACAAAACUCGGAGACGACGCCCAACCUACAGGACUGAAAGCUGCCAAAGCAGUAAUCAAACGAACCCUGAAAGACAAACUGCCCUCCCAUGCCAGGACAAGAGCUGUGUACGCCAACCACUCUACCGCCAAGGACGAGAAAACGCUGAUCAAUAGAAGAGACGCGAACAUGUUAGCGAGACUGAGAGUGGGACACAGCAUGCAACUGGCAGGAUAUCGUCACCUCAUGGACCCAACAACAGACCCAGGAUGCCCAAAAUGCCUCCAAGAUAACCAAACCAUGGAACACUGGUUACUCGAAAGUCCAGCAACUCUCAGCACCCGACAAUCCAUAUUUGGCGACACCAACACCAAGCUUUCAGUCCUUACCGACCUUCAGAUCAAGGCGAUCGAGCUGGCGAAGCGCUGCCUCUGA